GCAGGCUUAUCUCUCGCGGCAGCGUGUAUCAUCCACCAUGAUUUUGGCAAGGAGUCUUGUUGGCGUUCUGCUGGCCCUCGCGGGACGUCGAUCCGCGGAUGCUUUCGCCUCGGGAGGGGCUUCGCGCCAUGCGAUCGGCCGCCGCAGUGCCCUUUCGGGCGCUCCCGUGGCUUCGAUUGUCUCGACUACCCGGUCGGAGAUGAAUCGAGUUCGCGCUGCCUCGCCGUCACGAGGGUCCGCAAGGAUGCUGGCUGGCCAAGACUUUGCCACUUGCUCCGAAGCCGACUUCCGCGCGUACAUAAUCGGGUGGACGUUUGUGUGGAGCGGCAUCAUCCCGUAUACCUUCAUUGCCUCCAAGGCAAUACAAAACGUUCUCGGAGAGGUAAUUGGCUUCAAGGCGCGGUCCACGGUGAAGGAGGGCGAAGACGCCACCAUCUCUAACCAGAGCCUACUGCUCUACAAGGACCCCAUCAAGCUGCUGGACAUCGUCAACAUCGUUGGCCGCUUCCAGACGUUUGACGACGUGCAGGACAAGAAAGGCGGUGUGAUGAGCGACUACCUGUUCCGAAACACCUUCAAGGAAAACCUCCGGCGAUCAAAGUUCAAAGGGUGGCCAGCGGGCCCUGACGGCCAGCCGGCCCUGAAGGACGCCUUCGGGGGCGACGUGAAGGCGGUUUCGAGGACCAUGGCCAAGAGGGAGCUCUCGGACACUGCGAUGGACGCCGUGUUCGAUAGCUUCGUCGGCAGCCCGCUCUCGCUGGUCGCAGAUAGAUUCAAAGUGGACAACCAGCUCGACAACUGGCGCAAGGACAACACGUUCGACAUCAAGGGGUUCGAGCAGGGUCUCCUAGUGGGGCGAUUGCUGUUUCUUUUUACCAUCGUGAGCCUGGUCGGUCUUUUGCUCGCGGGCUACGGCGUCUUCUUCGUACAGCCGAUCAUCAUCCGGUAUGGAAACCCGCUGGCGUUCCUGGGUUUCUAGAUCGGCGUUUAGAUAAAACAGCAAUCAAUCGACGAUUUGGUGGACAUGUGUACGGCUCGCGCGAGAGCUGAACCUGCCAUUGCCGCCAGUUCCCUUGGGAAAGGAAAACGAACAGAGGAUACGAAAAAUAUGUAGCCAUCUAGAGGUGGUAGUUGGGAUUAUUACCGCGCGUGUCGAUGCCAUUUUGGAAGGAGAUAUCUUUGAGGAAAUCAGGGGCAGCUAGUUGUAGUAUACGCUCACCUGCGUCUUGAUGCGCUAAUUUUCUUUUUUCGGCGUACCGUAGGCAAAUUGUGAAUGCGGUCAGACGAAUGAGAUUCGCGUCAAAUUUUGAUAGGGCCACGUGUCACUACGUAUGCACAAUUGAGUGAGGUUGAAACUGGAAGGAACGCGUUGGAAAUAACGCCAAACGAUUAAUCAAGCACACCUAGGUCAACAAGAGCGAGAAAAGGGGACCGCAGGACAAGGAGAAAGAGCAUAGGCGAUCUUGCUGUGACGGGUGCUCGCGAACGUCAGUGCAUCUCAGAGCUUGGUCGGCUUGACUGCACGUACCCGAGUGGCGGAAUGCCCCUGACGCUCCGUGCUGUGCCAUAAUUUAUCCGUCGUAUGUAGGGUCAUCAUCUCGACCAAGGGGAGGGAUAAGUGAAGCCUGUCGAUGAUGGUGUAGCGUAACGACGAUAGUCACAUCAUGCCCUCCA